AUGGAUAUAAAUACUGUGGAAGAUGAAGAUGUAUCUUUCCAUUUGGGGGAAAUGUUUGAUAGUUAUGAAGAAUUGGAACAUAAACUGGAAAAAUUUUCAAAGCGUAGCCUAGUUCACUAUUGGAGAAGAGAUAGUAGAACAGUUAGCGGAGCUCAUAUGAAAACUGCUCGUCCCAUUAGCGAGCGUUUAAAGUAUUAUUCGGUCAAAUAUGCUUGUAUUUAUGGUGGUCAAAAGUUUCUACCUCGUGGAGCUGGCAGAAGACAGUCUCAAUCAAUAAGAACAAAUUGUCCUGCUCAUAUUAUGUUAAGAGCAUCAAAAGAUGGUACAAAAUUAGAAGUAACUAGUGUCAAUAAUGAACAUAAUCAUGAAAUUUCAGAGGAAUUAUUUAAGAAUCUUCCACAAGAAAGGAAAUUAUGUGGCGAAAUUAAGCAAGAAGUACAAGAUCUCAUGCAGUUACAUAUUGAUCGUAAAAGAUUGAAAGAAUAUGUACGAUUACGAACAAACAAAAUACUUAGAUCCAAAGAUUUAUUUAAUAUAGCAGCAGCCAAUAAACAAAAAAGGAAUAUAACACCUGAGAGAGCAUAUCAAUUAUUUAAAAAAAUUCAUGAUAUAGAGAAAAUGCAAGGUAAAAAUAAUGAUAGGAAAAUGUAUUCUGAAUCUGAAGAUGAAAUUGCACAGACGAUAAAAAGAAUGAAAAAAGAACAAGAAUCUCCUUGGGGACAAGAUGGAUUGCCAACCGAAUUAGAAGUAAGCGAAGGAAAUGACGGUGAUGAUUCCUAUAGCGGUCAAUUAACUCAAGAAGAAGUAGUAGAUGAAAUUGAUACAACAGAAGGAGAAUUAUUAAGGGCAAAUAAUGAUGGGGAUAUUAUAGCAGCAAAUGGUGAAAUUGUAGGGGAGUUAGUAAUGCAAGAUGGAGAUCCAUCUGUAAUUGUUGAAUCCAUCGUAAAUGCUGAUGGUUCUGUUUUUGUAGAUGAAAGAGAAUUUAAUACUUAUUGUAACAAUCAUUUGUCACAUACUGUAGAUGGUAGUCAAUCUCCUAGUACUAGAGAUAUUGAAACCAUCGCAUCUACGACUGAUAUGGAAAAAGUAAAAGGAACAUCUACAUCUCCGAAACAACAAACUAGGUCUCUUACACCUCAAUCGCAACAACAACCAGUAAAAUCACCAUCAAAUACUUUUGAUGAAACUGCAGAUUCUAGAAUAUGGAUCAUGAAAGAAGCUACAAAUGUUGAGGCAGAGCCUGAUAGUGAACCUGAGAGUGAAAUAAUCGGUUCAAAAUCAACGACAACAGUAAAACCGGAUGUCGAUACACCUGAAGUAAUAUUUUCAGAUGAAGCUAGUGCUCAAUUACUUCAGGAACAACUAGCAGUUCUUCGUGCAGAGAAAGGAAAGUUAUAUCAUGAAACUGAAAUGUUAAAACUUAAAAAGGACAAAUUAAAGUUACAAAUGAAUUGUUAUUCGAAUGAGAUACGAAAGCAAGAAAUGGAAAAAGAGAAAUUGAGACUUGAAAUUAAAUUGCUACAAUCAAAAGUUAUGGAAGAUUCUAACGAUGUUUCUCAUUAUAUUUUUGUACCUUGAGCAAUAUUUGAUGGUCAAAGAAAUGUGAUUAUAACAGGCAGAUAUAUUGUUAAGAUUUUCUUCUUUCUAUUAUCAAAAAUUAUACGAAAAUAAUUUUUGAAAAUACAAUUUUAAUUUUUUCAACCAAUGCAUAAUAACGAUAAAAAUAUUAUAAAGAAAUAUUUUGCUCAUUUAUUCAAUUAUUAUUAAAAACUGACUUAUUCUACUUUAAGAUUUUAAGUUAUUAUCUUUCUCAUUUUUGUAUAUUUUUUUGCAUAUUCGAUAAAUUUACUUGAAAUUGAGACAUAACGUAAGGAUAUUCUAUCUAAUAUUUUAUUGUUUAAUGUUGAUUUUAUUAAUAUUUUUAUUAAAAUCGAUAUAUAUGUAUGUUCUAAAUAAAUUCUAUAUUAAUAUUUAAAAAAGAUAUUCAACGCGAGAAGUUCUUGGAAGUAUUCUUUACAUUAAUAAUGUGGCUAAAUAAUACUAUACAAAUGUAUAGCUAGUAUAAUAAAUUAUUUUGCAAAUAAAAUCAUUUUUUAUUGUAAUAAAUCUUAUAUUU